CGGCUGCUGAACCACAGACGGAGAAGGAACUUGUCAAAAACUGUUAAAGCACUAGACAAUUAAAAUGUUACUUCGCGCUUUAGAAAUUAUAUAUUUCAUUUACUUUGCGUCGCACAUUCCAAUUACCCUCAUGGUUGAUCUUCAGGCUUUACUUCCCGAACAUCUGUAUCCACCUGAGCUGAAAAACGUAUUGCACUGGUAUGCUGCUGAAUUCAAGGAUCCGAUGAUGAUGGACCCUCCUGCCUGGUUCAAAUCUUUUGUAUUCUGCGAAGCUCUCGUGCAGCUGCCCUUUUUCCCAGUUGCAGCAUACGCCUUCCUGAAGGGUGGCUGCAAAUGGAUCAGAACUCCAGCAAUCAUUUACUCCGUUCAUGUGGCCACAACUCUAGUCCCAAUUUUAAGCCACGUGCUUUUCCAUAACUUUCCUCUGGCGCCACAUCCAGGACCCCAAACUUUGAACGAACGCCUGACACUGGUGUCAAUUUAUGCUCCGUACCUCAUCAUCCCCGUCAUGAUACUGCUCACCAUGCUCUUCAGUUCAACAUAUAACUCAACCUCUCCGAAAGGAAACACUUCCUCAAAGUCCAAGAAACAAAGAUAAUGCCAGUUCAUCCCAUCUACAC